CAGGUAUGUUGCAGAUGAGCAUAAUGAGCAUGGGUUCCCUCAGUCACCCAGCUUUUUGCAAUGCACCCUGCGUUCACAUGAUCAAGAAUGGCUACUGUGAUGCUGGAGCAUCAUGUGGCUUUUGCCACCUCCCUCACAGCAAAAAGGUUCGUCUCAACAAACACCAGCGUCAGUUCCUGCAGUCUCUCGAUGCAGGUCAAAAGGUGGUCUUCAUUGCACCCAUCAUCCUUCAAAAGAUGGAAGGCUUCUCUGAGCAGGUGUUGUUUGUUGAAGAGUUAAAGAAAGCCAUGGAGAAGUCGGAGAGGGAAGGAUCAAUCUCGGUCGCCUGCAAGAAGCAGUCACGACAGGUGCAGUUGACACGUGUCUUGGAGAGGAUGACGACCACAGCACUUCUGGAGUUGUUGGCAACGUGCCUGCCCAGCGAGAUCUUUCGCCUCUACGAGGCCGCACGAGGUGAGGGACCGCUGCUGCAUGAUGUAGGAAGCGGUCCCGUGAUGCUCCUCUUUCCACUGUGAGGAUCAGUGAGGCGUGCUGCGCUUGUGCUGUUUCCUCUUACUUGGGGCUGCCCAGAAUAUGG